CUUUAACAAGAAAGGCCGCACCAGAAAAAGCGGGAACUCCACAUGACAUUACCAUUCCCUUACUCGCCACCAUUUCCAGAUAUUUCAAUUCCAUUCCCAAUUCCCAAUGCACACAAACUAUUCAACACGUUACCACCAUGAUAACAAAGGAUAGAGAUCCUUUUUCAUUCUCUCUCUAAUUCUUCGUUCUUCUUUUUUGAGAUAAAUUCAGUUUUUACGGUUAUUUUUCUGAAAGAUGGAACAGAAAGGUUUGUUGUUAUCAGCGCUUAGCGUUGGUGUUGGAGUUGGAGUCGGCCUUGGUUUGGCUUCCGGACAAACCAAAUGGGGAGCUAAUGCUUUCGCCUCGAACGCCAUCACACCGGAGAAAAUGGAACACGAAAUGCUUCGACUUGUUGUUGAUGGCAGAGAAAGCAAUGUCACUUUUGACAAUUUCCCUUACUAUCUCAGUGAGAAGACACGGGUGUUGCUGACAAGUGCUGCCUAUGUCCAUUUAAAGCAUGCAGAGGUUUCUAAAUAUACACGGAAUCUCGCUCCGGCAAGCCGGACUAUUCUGCUCUCAGGGCCAGCCGAGCUUUACCAACAGGUGCUUGCCAAGGCUUUAGCUCACUACUUUGAGGCCAAGUUGCUUCUGUUUGAUGUAACUGACUUUUCUUUGAAGAUUCAAAGUAGAUAUGGCUCUUCCAACAAUGAAACUUCUUUCAAAAGAUCUACUUCAGACACGACUUUGGCUCGGUUAUCUGACCUAUUUGGUUCAUUUUCAAUCUUUCCACCAAGAGAAGAGAAUAAAGUUGCAGGCAGAAUACACAAGAGAAGCAGUGGCACAGACCUUAAACGAAUGGAGGCUGAAGAAUCUUAUACUCCGACUAAGCUUCGUAGGAAUGCAUCAGCCUCUGCAAAUAUUAGCAGCCUUGGUUCGCAAAGCAAUCCUACAAACUCAGCACCUGGGAAGCACAUGGCCAAUUGGUCUUUUGAUGAAAGGCUUCUUAUACAGACUCUUUACAAGGCUCUAGUUUUUGUGUCAAAAACCUAUCCCAUUGUUCUGUAUCUGCGGGAUGUUGAUAAGCUGUUGUGUAGAUCACAGAGGAUAUGUAAAUUAUUCCAGUCAAUGUUAAACAAAUUAUCCGGGCCGAUUUUGAUUCUUGGUUCAAGGGUUUUGGAUUCUGGUAAUGAAUGCAAAGAAGUGGAUGAGAUGAUUAGCCCCCUCUUCCCUUACAACAUAGAAAUCAGCCCACCAGAAGAUGAGUCUCGUCUUGUCAGCUGGAAGUCUCAAUUUGAAGCGGAUAUGAAGAGGAUACAGAUUCAGGAUAACAAGAACCAUAUCAUGGAAGUGCUUGCAGCCAAUGAUCUUGAUUGUCAUGACCUGGACUCCAUCUGUGUGGCAGACACAAUGGUUCUCAGUAACUAUAUAGAAGAGAUUGUUGUGUCAGCAAUUUCUUAUCAUUUAAUGAAUAACAAAGAGCCUGAAUACAGAAAUGGGAAACUGGUUAUUCCAUGCAAUAGCUUAUCCCAUGCUCUGGGUAUAUUCCACGAGGGAAAACUCAGUGGAAGAGAUACAAUAAAACUAGAAGCUCAAGCAGUAACAUCUGAGCAGAGAGAGGAAGGAACUGUUACGAAACCAGAAGAAAAGUCUGAAAAUCCUGCUCCUGGUAUAAAGACUGAAAAUCCUGCUCCUGGUAUAAAGACUGAAACAGAAAUACUAACUUCGGUGGGCAAAACUGAUGGUGAAAAUUCAGUUCCUGCAACCAAAGCUGAAGUUCCUGAUAAUGAGUUUGAGAAGCGAAUAAGGCCUGAAGUGAUACCAGCAAAUGAAAUUGGGGUAACAUUCUCCGAUAUUGGUGCCUUAGAGGAGACUAAAGAGUCACUUCAAGAACUAGUAAUGCUUCCCCUUCGAAGGCCAGACCUUUUUGAUGGAGGCCUUUUAAAGCCUUGUAGAGGAAUAUUACUAUUUGGGCCGCCUGGAACAGGAAAAACAAUGCUGGCAAAGGCCAUUGCAAACGAGGCUGGAGCAAGUUUCAUUAAUGUAUCCAUGUCUACCAUCACCUCUAAAUGGUUUGGUGAAGACGAGAAGAAUGUCCGUGCUUUAUUCACACUGGCAGCCAAGGUCUCUCCAACUAUUAUAUUUGUUGAUGAGGUGGAUAGUAUGCUUGGGCAGCGGACAAGAGUCGGGGAACAUGAAGCCAUGCGGAAAAUAAAGAAUGAAUUUAUGACCAAUUGGGAUGGACUUACCUCAAAACCAUCGGAUCGCAUCCUUGUCCUUGCUGCAACCAAUAGGCCCUUUGACUUGGAUGAAGCAAUUAUUAGACGAUUUGAAAGGAGGAUUAUGGUUGCAUUACCCUCUGUGGAGAACAGGGAAAAUAUAUUGAGGACGCUUUUGGCUAAAGAGAAGGUGGACAAUGGACUUGAUUUUAAGGAAAUCGCAACUAUGACAGAAGGAUACAGCGGAAGCGAUCUAAAGAACUUAUGCACAACUGCUGCUUAUAGACCUGUUAGAGAGUUAAUUCAGCAAGAGUUAAAGAAGGAUUCGGAAAAAAAGAAGAAAGAUGCCGAAGGAAAAAAUAGCCAUGAUGUUCAUGAUGCAGAGGAGGAAGUUAAACAGGAAAGAGUUAUUACCCUUAGGCCUUUGAAUAUGGAGGACUUCAGAGUGGCAAAGAAUCAGGUUGCCGCAAGCUUUGCAGCUGAAGGGGCUGGAAUGAAUGACUUGAAGCAGUGGAAUGACCUUUAUGGAGAAGGUGGUUCAAGGAAGAAAGAGCAAUUAUCUUAUUUCCUAUGAAAAUUGCGGAUGGAAGUAUUUAAAAAAUUCGUAGUUGCAUCUUUCUGGUUGGACUUUGUGAGUGUCAUUACAGGCCUUUUCCACCAGAGAGCCUUUCAUAGGACAAUCAGUAGUUUGCCUGAUAUAUAUAGUGUAGUUUGCCGGUGAUAUAUACUCUUAACGAAUUAUAAGCAAAAAUAGGUUAAAGAAAGUUCAUAUAUUUGAUCCAAAUUUGAAUCAAAUAGUUCAACUUUGACUAUUUUUGUUUAUAUUUUGCAAGAGAGAAUAUAAUUAUAAAUGUGUAUAGUUUUCAGUAGUAUUUUUUGGCUUCAUACUUGAUCAAAAAUAUUGUUCAAAUUUGGGAUUUUUGCCCGUAGGCUAUGAAGAAUAAACAAUGUUGUAGUUAAUAGUGUAAAUUGUGUUGUAACUAUUACCCGCCAAGCCUCUUAAACAAGAAAGAGUAGUUCCUACUUUGUACAUUGUGUUGUAAGUAGUUCCUACUAUGUACAAAAUAUAAUAAAUAGGUUUGCUAUUCAA